UUUUUUUUUUUUUUUUUUUUUGAGAUAGAAUCUCGCUGUCACCCAGGCAGCAGUGCAGUGGUGUGAUCUUGGCUCACUGAAACCUCUGCCUUCCAGGUUCAAACAAUUCUCUUUUCUCAGCAUCCUGAAGAGCUGGGACUACAGGUGCACACCACCACAUCUAGCUAAUUUUUCUAUUUUUAGUAGAGAUGGGGUUUCACCAUAUUGGUCAGGCUGGUCUCGAACUCCUGACCCCAGGUGACCCACCUGCCUUGGCCUCCCGAAGUGCUGAGAUUACAGGCAUGAGCCACCAUGCCUGGCCCUCAUAAGAUUUUUAUGAGGACCACAUGAAAUGCUGAAAGCACUUAGUAAUAUGUCCAGGAGCAGGGUCUUGCUCUGUCACCUAGACUUGAAUGCAGUGAGUGGCAUCGUCAUAGCUCACUGCAGGCUCAAUCUCUUGGCCUCAAGCAAUCCUUGCCCCUCAGCCUCCCAAGUAGCUGGGACUACACGUCCAGCUAAUUUUUGUAUUUUUGUAAAGAUGGGGCCUCACUAUGUUGCCUUGGCUGGUCUUGAACCCCUAGUCUCAAGUUAUCCUCUCACCUUGGCCUCCCGAAGUGUUGGGAUUAUAGGCGUGAGUCACUGCAACUGGCCAGGACAGUGAUUUAUUUAUUUAUUUAUUUAUUUAUUUAUUUGAGACAGAGUCUCGCUCUGUUGCCCAGGAUGGAGUGCAGUGGCACGAUCUCAGCUCACUGCCACCUCCACCUCCUGGGUUCAAGCAAUUCUGCUGCCUCAGCCUCUCGAGUAGGUGGGAUUACAGCCAUAUGCCACCAUGCCCGGCUAAUUUUUGUAUUUUUGGGAGAGACAGGGUUUCACCAUACUGGCCAUUGCUGGUCUCAAACUCCUGACCUCAUGAUCCGCCCGCCUAGGCCUCCCAAAGUGCUGGGAUUGACAGUGGCAUUUAAAUAGAGACCUUUUAGAAAGGUGGGAGAGUAGAAAAAUAAAUAAUAAAUACAUAAAUAGAGACCUAUAAAGGAUGAACAGUGAACUGGGUGGAGAAGUGAGAUGGGCAUGGGGAGGAUAGCCCUCAAGCAGACGGAACAGGGUAGAAAUCAAUCAUGCAACACCAAAUUCAAGCAGUGAGGAUAGAGGGGACAGCCAAUCCUCUAGGGAGGGCUAAGGAUUUCCUGACUCAUAAAGCCUGAGCUGCAAAGGAACCUCCCUUCCAGCCUUGGGCAAGUUUCUGCCAAGCUGGGACUUCACACUACACUGGCCAGCCACUGACUUGCCUGAUAGAAAAACCACAACUACCAAGUCCUCGCUGGGGCUGGUCUGCCAAACACAGAAGACAGGGGGAAGGGGAGGGGACUGUCUCGGGGUCAGAAGUGAGCAGGUUUUCCAGCGGAGAAGGAAGAUUGAGAAGAGCGGUAUGGCUGCUGGCUCACGCCUAUAAUCCCAACACUUAGGGAGGCCAAGGCGGGAGGAACACUUGUGGCCAGGAGUUCGAGACCAGCCUGAGCAACAUAGCAAGACUUCGUCUGAACAACAAAAAAAAUUAUAGUUUAAAAAUUAGCUGGGUGUGGUGGCGCGUGCCUGAAGUCCCAGGUAUUCACAAGGCUGAGGCAGGAGGAUCGCUUAAGCCCAGGAGGUCGAGGCUGCAGCAAACUAUGAUCCUGCUACUGCACUCCCACCCAAGUGACAGAGCAAGACCUUAAAACACACAAAAAAACAAAAAACGGCAGAAAGAUGAGAAGCCGUUCCAUUUGCAUAGGCAGUUGAAGUGUCUAGGCAGAGACCUCCAAGGCUGACUGGAUAUCAGGCAGGGGAUGAGGCUGGACAGCCUGCAACGCCUGUAACUCCAGGUUGCGGAAAGCGUGUUUGUAGUACCUCAGUCCAAUGGAGAUUGAGCGCCCCCUGGGAGCAGUGCUCGGUAACAGACGCUGGAGGACCCCGAUGAGGAGGGGCGGGGGUCGGUUCAAUCUGGCAGGAGCCUGCGGGUCAGUUUUCUUCUCACAGGAGCUAACUCCGUCCGGCAUCAUGGAUUCCUGGGCUCCCAGAACGGCUGGGCAGGAAGGGACCUUAGAAAGGGAUCUACCACCGCGUGCCCCGUGCCAGAGCUGGGCACUUUGGUGACAAGAACAUUGGCUUGUUUAGCACUCCCAACUGUGCUUCGAGGUGGGGAUCAUUAUCCCCAUUGUCCCCAUUUGGCAGAUGAGAAAAAGCAAGGUUUGGUGGCUUCCCGGGGCGGGGCGGGGAUUCGCUGUGAUUCCAGGUCCUUUUCCCCGGAGCCGGCACGCCUUGUAAGACACUGAUUCCCGGAGGUCUGAACAGCAUGAACCGAGUGGGAGGCGCCCAGGCUUUCUAGGGAACAACAGUGUGAAUGCACGCUCGACGAGAACCACGCCCCCCUGGUCGACAAGACUGAUUCCUGCUGCCUUCCUUUAAGGGCCCUCCUCUGAAAUGCGAAGUCCUCGCCCCAUGGGGAGGCGGACAUUCGUUAUUCCCGGAUCGCCCGAUGUUUUUCUCCCCCACCCGCACUGAUCCCCACUGGUGACAUAAAUCCUCCCCCUCCACUCACGAGUGAAAGUUUGGGACUACAUUUCCCGCCAGGCUGUUCAGAAGCUGGCGGCGGGGAGAGAAGAGUCUUUCCGUUUCCGUCGCCUCGCAAUUUGGCGUGUCCGCCGGGAUUCACAUUUCAACAGCGACGUCCUCUCUCUGUUGCGCUCGGCAGGGAACUACAUUUCCCAGCAGGCACCGGCGCAAGGUCGAGGGGCGAGGUCGCCAUCUUUAUCGUAGUCCUCUCCCUCAUUUCCGCAGGGAAGAGUCUAGGCGCCUGGACUACACAUCCCAUGUCGCCGUCGCCCCGGCCCUGCAGCCGCCAUCUUUGCCGGUGGUCCCGCCCCAUCCCCUUCCAUUGUCUCGACUGGAGAUGAUAGACGGGAGCUGGGAGACUGCAACUCCCGUCAGGCCGUGCGCCACUGGUGGGGGGAUUUCGAGACCACAGGAGGGCGAGGUGCCCAAGGUGGUGGAAAGCGGAGACCGGGAGAGGCUAGGUGGCCUGCCAUCUUUACGGUAGUCUCCUCGUCCUCCUGGUCCCGCCAUUCUUAAAGAACACUAGAAGGCUAGAAAACUACUAAUCCCAUCGCACCUCGUAAGAUCGACUAGUCAGGUGUAUGUCCCUCUUCCGCCAUCUUGCUUGUAGUCCUCGUUCGUUUUCACCUUUCCAUUGUUCCUGACGAGUAGAAAUGGCAGCGGGAAGGCAGCAGAUGGACUGCGACUCCCGUCAGCCCUCGGCGUUGCUGACGCCCCCAAUGUCGUCGAGCAGCCGGGGGCCGGGGGCCGGAGCGCGCCGACGCCGAACCCGCUGCCGCCGCUGCCGGGCCUGUGUGCGAACUGAGUGCGGGGAUUGCCACUUCUGCCGAGACAUGAAGAAGUUCGGGGGGCCCGGGCGCAUGAAGCAGUCGUGCCUGCUCCGGCAGUGCACUGCCCCCGUGCUCCCACACACAGCUGUGUGCCUCUUGUGUGGGGAGGCUGGGAAGGAGGACACGGUGGAGGGAGAGGAAGAGAAAUUUGGUUUGAGCCUCAUGGAGUGUACAAUCUGCAACGAGAUCGUCCACCCCGGCUGCCUGAAGAUGGGGAAGGCUGAGGGUGUCAUCAAUGCAGAGAUCCCCAACUGCUGGGAGUGCCCUCGCUGCACCCAGGAAGGCCGCACCAGCAAGGAUUCAGGUGAGGGGCCUGGCCGCCGGAGGGCCGACAACGGCGAGGAGGGCGCCAGCUUGGGGAGCGGAUGGAAGCUGACAGAGGAGCCACCACUUCCACCGCCCCCGCCCAGGCGCAAGGGCCCCCUGCCUGCCGGGCCCCCCCCAGAGGACGUGCCUGGGCCCCCCAAACGAAAGGAAAGGGAGGCAGGGAAUGAGCCUCCCACCCCAAGGAAAAAGGUGAAAGGAGGCCGAGAGAGGCACCUGAAGAAGAAACCAAAGCCGCCUUUGGCCUCUGCAGAGGGCCCAGCGGUGCCGUCCCCGUCCCCGCAGAGGGAGAAGCUAGAGCGUUUCAAGCGGAUGUGCCAGCUGCUGGAACGGGUUCCUGACACCUCCUCUUCCUCCUCGGACUCAGACUCCGACUCCGACUCUUCGGGCACAUCGCUGAGUGAGGACGAAGCCCCCGGCGAGGCCCGGAAUGGGCGACGGCCAGCCCGGGGCAGCUCCGGAGAGAAGGAGAACCGUGGGGGGCGGCGGGCUGUGCGCCCUGGCAGCGGGGGGCCCCUGCUCAGCUGGCCCCUGGGCCCAGCCCCACCACCCCGGCCUCCACAGCUGGAGCGGCACGUGGUGCGGCCCCCGCCUCGAAGCCCUGAGCCCGACACACUCCCCUUGGCUGCUGGAUCCGACCACCCCCUGCCCCGGGCCGCCUGGCUUCGCGUCUUCCAGCACCUCGGGCCUCGGGAGCUGUGUAUCUGCAUGCGAGUCUGCCGAACUUGGAGCCGCUGGUGCUAUGACAAGCGUCUGUGGCCUCGAAUGGACCUGAGCCGGCGGAAGUCACUGACCCCGCCCAUGCUCAGUGGUGUGGUUCGCCGCCAGCCCCGUGCCCUGGACCUCAGCUGGACAGGUGUCUCCAAGAAGCAGCUCAUGUGGCUUCUGAACCGACUACAAGGCCUGCAGGAGCUGGUGCUCUCUGGCUGCUCCUGGCUCUCUGUCUCUGCCCUGGGCUCAGCCCCACUGCCAGCCCUGCGGCUCCUGGACCUCCGCUGGAUCGAGGAUGUUAAAGAUUCCCAGCUCCGGGAGCUGCUGCUGCCUCCACCAGACACCAAACCAGGGCAAACAGAGAGCCGUGGUCGGCUGCAGGGGGUGGCAGAACUGCGCCUGGCAGGUCUGGAGCUGACAGAUGCCUCCCUGCGGCUCCUGCUGCGCCACGCACCCCAGCUGAGCGCCCUGGACCUGAGCCACUGCGCCCACGUCGGGGACCCCAGUGUUCACCUCCUCACGGCCCCCACAUCCCCACUCCGCGAGACCCUGGUGCACCUCAAUCUUGCUGGUUGCCACCGCCUAACGGACCACUGCCUCCCGCUGUUCCGCCGCUGCCCUCGUCUACGCCGCCUAGACCUGCGCUCCUGCCGCCAGCUCUCACCUGAAGCUUGUGCCCGGCUGGCAGCUGCCGGGCCCCCUGGCCCCUUCCGCUGCCCUGAGGAGAAGCUGCUUCUCAAGGACAGCUAGUUGGGCGCCCCCCACCCUCCCCCGGACUCGACAGGAGCCUGGACCUCCGGCUUCAUUUCACCCCUGCUGGGAGGCCAGGUUCCCACCUCACCACCCUGGGAUUCUUGAGUGUCAGUGACUUGGGAUUCCCACCCAGGGACUCAAGCCAGCCACCCCCUUCUUUCCCCCCUGCACUGAUAUCUCUGGGGGUUUCUCCUUCCCAUGUCCUCCCCCUGCUACCUGCUUCAUUGUCCAUCCCCUGGGGGGAGUGGGUCAGAGGUACUGGAGGGUGCUGAGCCAAAGGGACGGUGGGAGGGGGGUUAUGGUGCAAGUGUUGGGGGGGGAGAAUGGGGAAAGGACACACAGGAUAUGGGAGCCAGGGGCUGGGGGAGGUGGAAGGGGCGGGGGGCGGGGCAGACAGCAGACCACCAAGGGUUCAGGGAACAAAGACCAGUUACUUGGAGUGGGGGGUGGGGGUGGGGCCACAAAAGGAAAACCGGAGGAGCAAUUGGGGAUCCAGGUGUCAGAGGUAGGGGAACCAGGGGCAAGCCGGGGCUGAGCUGGAGGUAGGGAUGACAGCAGGUGUGGGAACAGCAAUACCCCCUUGCGGGUCACCUCUCUGCUUCCCCCCUCCCCAGGCUUCAGUUCCUUCCCCCUGACCCUGACUCCUUGAACGUCACUGAAAACGGCAGCUAUUGCAAGGAGUGGGGGCCGCGGGCAGCCGCUCUUCAGCUCGCGGCCCAGGGGAGUGGCGAGGGGCGCCCUAACCCCCUGCCCGCCUCUCCGCACAAUACUUGAACAUUCAUCUGUACUGAAGUGUUACUUGAACCGGGGGAACCUCGGACCUGGGGGAGCCAGGGUGUGAGGGGACUGGACCAGCUUGGACUGAGACCGGGCCGGUGGGCGCCCAUUUGGGACUGCGCCACCCCCAGGCUCGUUCUUGUUUUACUGUAUUGAGCGGCGGCACCCACCAGACCCGUAUUAUGGCUGGGGGCACCAGCCCAAGGAUGGGGACCAUGGGACUCCUCCAGCCUGGCUCUUCCCACUCUUUCAUCGUCAUGGAAACUUGUAUCCCAUUUGCCCAGGGAACCGCCACUCCUGGUUGCCAUGGAAAUAGCAGCCAACGGACACCUCCCGAUGCCAGUGCUAAGGCUGGAAAUGGCCCCCUCUUAGUUGCCAUGGGAACCUAGUAACAGACUCUUCUGGCCCUCCUUCCCCGCCCCUUCUUCCAGCGCGGGGUGGGGCUUCGGGACCCGGGGGAUGAGCCGGGCCAGGUCCCGCCCCUCCGCGCAGGCCUCCGGGGGGCCGGGGCUUACCAUGUAGGGGAGGGGAGAUCUAUCCACAUACCUCAGGUAACAGGGAGGUGCGCGGGUGGGGGGAGGGCUGGGCGGACCAAAGGCCGGAGGGGUGGGGCCUGGGGAUAGCGAGAGGCUUGAGGAUGGGGCCGCUUGCGGGAGGGAAGAGGCAGCCCGGCGAGGGGCAAGCCGGGGACCCAGCCGGGCUGGGCCCCUGGGCCCCGGGUCUGUACAAUACGGUUUGCUAUAAAACUCAAAAUCUUCCAGCCGGG